UGAUUUUUAGUGAGUAGAAGGGUGAUGUUGGUCUUACUGUUGUAGGUUGAUAAGAUAGAUAUAAUAACUGCUGCUAUGGGACAUGCAUUGGCCUCAGAAGGUGGGUUUUGCACCGGGAGUCACAGAGUUGUUGAUCACCAACGCCUCAGCAGCUCAGGCUAUGUGUUUUCUGCAUCUCUUCCCCCAUAUUUGGCAAGUGCUGCAGUUGCUGCUAUCGAUGUUAUAGAGGAAAACCCUCAACUCAUAACGAAGUUACGAGAUAAUUCCAAAUUAUUAAGUACAGGAUUGUUGGGAAUAAAAGGCCUGGAACUUGCAAAUGAUAUAAUGUCACCGCUUGUAUUCCUCCGACUUAAAAACUCCACUGGGUCAUUGAAGAGUGAUCUUCAAGUACUUGAAGAUCUUGCUGAUCGGGUAUUGAAGGAACACUCGGUUUUUGUAACAACUUCAAAAAGGUCGUUUGUUGAUAAAUGCAAUCUUCCUGUCGGGAUUAGGAUAUACGUCUCAGCUGCUCACACAGAAUCUGAUCUUCAGAAAGUAUGUGAAUCAUUGAAGAGCGUUGCCGCUUCAUUAUUCACGGAUUAAAUCUACUCGCUACGGUAUAACACCUCAUACAUGAACAAAUUGUGUGAAAGAAAAAUUUAAAGAAUUGUUUCUUCAUAUUUUUAGCCAUGUUUUAUUUGAUUUCUUGACAUGCUAGUUGGUUUUUGUUCAUAUGCCUUUGUUUUGUAAACUUUAAAAUUACAGACUUACAGUUAAUUUAUGUCAAUUUCAUA